UGAAUAUGUUGCUACUAUCUUUCACCGGCCCAGUUGGCUGGUUGAGUUUUAAUAACAAAAAGUAGAAAAAGUUUGGCUAAUGUUGUUUUAUUUCAACUUGAUUCCCAUUUUUUACCGGUUCAUGUAAAGAAUGCAAUAAAACCACCGUGAUGUAUUUCCCAUCAAUUACAACGAUAUUGGGCGUUGCCUUUAUGGCUUACGUAGCCCAUUCUAUUUGGUUGAUGGCGCAGCUGUUUACUACGUUACAUUGCUCAGAUCGUCCUUGCUAUACCUCAUUUCUUAGUGAUAACCCUCGUAUGCAAUUAGCACUAUUUACAUCCAUCACCCCAAACCCAAUUACAAGCGAAGUGUCUAAAAUUUUUAGUACUAAGAACUUCGACUAUAGGAAUUCGUAUUUAGAUGAUUUUCAAAUUGAUGUUCCAUUAAAAACUCGUCGAAAUGGGAGCCUUUAUUUACAGGUUGUGUUGGCUUUGGAAGGUGAACCACUCGAAUGGAGAACAUUAAGAAGAGAUGGUCCCACAGUAAUCCACGUAACCAGAUUGACAGAAUAUAUAACUCCACGAAUAGAAGCAUUUAAUUUACUCGGUGAAAGCAAGAAUUCGAAUGUAAAUCAAUCCGAGAAAAAAGAAAAACCGAAAUCUGGAAAAGUCAAAGAUAAUGCUGUGGAAAAUAAACCGGUUACACAUAUAAUGUCACAUGUUUACGUCAAUUUACUCACGGAUCCUAUAUCAUUAUCAAAAACAGAUGUUCCACCUGAGAUGGCGAAAUUAAUACAAAUCAAUCGCAACCGUCAAAUAAUGCCAAUCCUUAAGACUGAUUUCUUUAAUACGCGUUUAAAAAAUUUGGUACAAGUUACUAGAAAUACCACCGAGUUCAAUGUAACAUUUUAUUAUAAGCCAAUUGGCAUUGGAAAACUACGUUUAAUGCUUAUGAUUGAAAACUCAAUGCAAAUGAUGCAAACUAUAGGAUUCUCGAGGAAGGAUAUUGAUGAUGUAAAGGGAAUGUUCUCUGAUACCAACGUAUAUUUACUCUGCGGCACCAUAUUUGUUGCCAGUGUACAUAUCCUCUUUGAUUUCCUUUCGUUCAAAAACGAUGUAAUAUUCUGGCGCAGAAAAAAGACUUACGAAGGUCUUUCAACUCGUACAACACUCUGGCGAGCAUUCUCACAAAUUGUGAUUUUUAUGUAUUUACUGGACGAAAACACAUCCAUGCUGGUUCUAGUUCCGGCUGGCCUUGGAGUGCUAAUAGAAUUAUGGAAGUGUAAGAAGAUAUUAAAAUUAGAAGUAGGAAUUCGUGGCAUUCAAAGGAGACAGAUAAAAGAAAAACAGUCAUGCCAAAGUGCGGAAAAGAAAACGGAAGAAUUCGACAAGCAAGGAAUGAAAUAUUUGAGUUAUUUAUUAUAUCCCUUAUGCCUGGCAGGAGCUGUUUAUUCACUUCUAUAUCAACCACAUAAAAGUUGGUACUCGUGGACUCUUAACUCGCUCGUUAAUGGAGUUUAUGCCUUUGGUUUUCUAUUUAUGUUGCCACAAUUGUUUGUAAAUUAUAAGUUAAAGUCCGUUGCGGCAUUACCGUGGAGAGCUUUUAUGUAUAAGGCGUUCAAUACUUUCAUAGACGAUUUCUUUGCUUUCAUCAUCACUAUGCCUACCGCGCAUAGAGUAGCAUGUUUACGAGAUGAUGUGGUGUUCCUUAUAUACUUAUAUCAGCGUUGGCUCUAUCCCGUGGACAAGAAUAGGCUGGACACAGGGCAUGUAAUUGAAGAAAAUGCCGAGACUGAGGAAAUUACGACUUCUCGUAAUUGCAAUAAAAAGAACAAUUAAUAUAGAAAUUGUCAUGCACAAAGGAAUCAAUAUAAACUAACAUUCCUUUAUUCUGAAUUAAAAGCGAAAGAUGUAGCACCGAAAUAAAUGCACUUGAUGUUUUGUAAUUUAA